ACCGUCCCUGUGCUUCCUGGGGGGCCUUUUAGGCCUGUUGGUGAUGGCUCCUGUUCUGACGGCCUCCCCCUCAGCCAGCAUGUGCCCCCCCCUGAGGACGCUGAACGACAGCCUGAGUCACAGGAGGCGCUACAUGAAGCACAACUUCCCCAUCAACUACUCCAUCCGGGUUUACCGCCAGGAGAUCUUUAAGCUGUCAAACAUCAGCCGGAUGAGGGUAAAGGUUGAGGGCCUGGAUGAGCUCGUCCUCCAGAGGCUGUGGUUUCAGAUCAACCAAGGCGUCCUAAAAAAGAUUAUCCGGGUUUUGCCAGAGAGACAUCCGUCCCGUCCGUACACAGCAGAGUUGGAGCGGCGCUUCAGGGACGCAGAGGGAGUCUUUGUCCAGUCUCAUCCCGCUGAGGUGUUUCAGCAAGAACUUCCAGAGACGAUCCAGGACAUCUGGGACCAGUUAACAGAAGAGUCCGACAGAGUCCCAGAAUCCAGCUGGAGACUCGCUUCUCCAAAGUCCUUGGUGGACAGUCUGUGCCGAACCAUGUUCUGUCUCUUCAGGGAGUGUUUCAACAGCAAAGAUGCACCGAUAGACUAUUGUGGACUUUUUCACUCGAGGAGAAGCAAGAAGUCAUGGAGUCAGGACGGUGGGACAGAGACAGCUCAUUGA